AUGGAAUCUAUGAACAUUAGUACAUCUGUAUCUGAGUUCAUAAUGGUAGGCUUUUCCACUUUUGGGCAUUUUCGGCCUUUGAUUUUCAUGGUCUUGUUAGUUAUUUAUUUUCUUAUCAUUUUUGGAAAUCUUUCAAUAUCAGUCCUGAUUCUUUAUGACAGACAUCUCCAGACACCAAUGUACUUGUUCAUCUCCAUGUUUUCUUUCCUCGAAAUUUUGUUCACCACUGUCUCUAUUCCAUUUAUGCUAACAAAUAUAUGGAAGGGUGAGGUACAAAUCGAGUUCAGUCAUUGUAUGCUUCAAAUGUAUCUUUUACACUCAUGGGGCAUUACAGAGAACUAUUUGCUUAAUAUCAUGGCUUAUGAUCGUAUGGUGGCCAUCUGCGACCCGCUUCGGUAUCACGUCAUAAUGACAUCGAACCAUUGCACUGUUUUACUUUUGAGUUGUUGGCUUCUAGGAUUCACAAGUCCUAUUGUUCAUCUUGUUUCAGUCCUAAAGUUACCUUUCUGUGGUCCUAACACUAUCAAUCAUCUAUUUUGUGAUUUAUUUCCACUUUUGAAGUUGGCUUGUACCGAUACAUCUUAUACCUUCAUUCUAAACUUUUUGAUCAGUCUCUGUAUCAUCAGUGGCACCUUUUUAUUUAUUAUCCUCACAUAUCUAAAAGUAAUAUUCACUAUUCUAAAGAUAAGAUGUAUGGAUGGACGAAAGAAGGCCUUUUCUACCUGUGCUUCUCAUCUUACAAUAGUCCUUCUCUUCUAUGGCAGCUUGGCUUUUAUUUAUAUUCGACCGAGGGUAGAUUAUACUCCAGAAUAUGAUAAAAUAAUAGCAAUAAAUUAUUCGGUGCUUAUCCCAUUCUUAAAUCCCAUCAUCUAUAGUUUCCGGAACAGAGAAAUAAAAAAUGCCUUAAAAAAGCUUCUGAAAAGAAAGAAACGAUUUAUUACAACAUUUAUGCCUCACGGUCAGAACAUUAUAAUAAGAUCAUAA